CAUAUCAUCCAUUUCGCGAAUCGUUCACCAACACUAAUGUGGAUGCGGCAUAAGAUAAUUUGCCAAGAAUGAAAGGCGCGAGUGAAAAACGCGAUAGAUGAUCGAGAAAAGGCGAAGGACGAUUAAAAAUAUAGGAAAGAAUCGAGCGUGUUCGAGAAAAAAAAUCUAAGAUCGAAGGAUGAAAGAGGAAUAACAAUAUGCAAUGAUCGUAGUCGAUCGAUUCUCGAUCAAUUGCAAUUGGAUUCCCCUCGACAGGGUGGGGAGUCUAUUUGAGGCGUCGCGACGCCGUGGUGCAAUGAUCAGAAUCAGUCGGUAGGUCGUAUCACGGCGAAAGGUGAAGAGAGUGGCCGUCAGAGAAAAAGUCUGUAGCCAAGCAUCGUGCAUGGCUGUGUGCUGAUCACAUAUCGGAAACGUUUCGAAUUUUGACGAAUCGAGGAAGUGGAUCUUGUGAGGUGACUCAAUUGUUUUCCUUUAUCCUGGUAGAAUGGCAGCUGACGACCCCCUCCGCAAUGAACCUUUGGUUUCUGUUGAAUUCGAGGUCUUUGGCAAGGUGCAGGGUGUCUAUUUUCCAAAAUACGUGAGGGAUAUAUGCCAACAAUUGGGAAUUUGCGGUUGGGUGAAGAACACCAAAUCCGGUACGAUACUUGGAAAAAUGCAAGGACCACGUGCGCUCGUCGAUCAGAUGGCACAAUGGCUAACAAAUGUUGGAAGUCCAGGUAGUCAGAUUGAUCGCUGCGAAUUUACGAAUUGGGAAGGCAUUAGUAGGUUACAAUAUAAAGGAUAUGUUAUACGCUUCUAAUUAAACGAUUUCUUUUUAAUAUCACAUUUUUUUUGAAGUUGAAAUGAUAAAAUGUAUCUUUUCAGACGUAUUUUAAUGAUUAAAAUAUUUCCACAAUUGAAUUAUGCUCCAGAAAAUAUAGUCAAAGUAUCGAAAUUAUUUAUAGGAUUAAAACUAAUUUAAUUAGUAUAUGUGAAUUAUAAUUUAUGUUUAAGCAUAAUAGAUAAGAAAAUUAAAAAUAAUUAAUUUUUAGAUAUUUUUAACAAAAAACAAAUUAAAUAAGAAUAGAAAUUAAAUGUUUUUGUUUAAUUUAUUAUAUGCGACAUAAAUGUACGUCCAUAUUUGUUAUAAUUUGCAAUCAAAUGUUUCAAGUAUUUAUUUAUUUCUGAUAUGAUGGGAUAUCAAUGAUACAUGAUAAAUAUAUUUUAUAUUUACUUAAAACAUUAGAUUCAAUACAAUUAAAAACAUAAA